CCAUGUUUGCAGCCCCAGCCCGGGCGGAGGAAACUCCAUGUUGUAACAAAGUUUCCUCCGCGGCGCCGCUCCCGCGCCCGCCGCCCCGCGCCGCCGCCGGACCCCGCCCCGCCUCCCCCCCCCGGGGGGCCGCGCCGGGGGGGCCGCCCCCUCCCACCCCCCCCUCCCCGGCGCCCAUGGAGCACCAGUCCAUCAUCGCCCAGGUUAGCAGGGAGGAGGGGAGCGCCCCGCUGCAGGAGAAAGGUACCCAGGCCCCUGCCACCAAAAAGCCGCGGAGCCGUAGCAUCCUCCAGUCCCUCUUCUGCUGCCUGUGCCAUGAUGAUGGGGAGCCCUGCACCGGCACCCCUGGCGCCCCACUGCUGGUGGAGGAGAAUGGGGCGCUGCCCAAGGCUGCCGUCAAACACCUUCUGCCUGAGAUCAAGCCGCAGGAUGCUAGCAAGCUGUGCGUGGUCAUCGACCUGGACGAGACGCUGGUGCACAGCUCCUUCAAGCCGGUGAACAAUGCCGACUUCAUCAUCCCGGUGGAAAUCGAUGGCAUCAUGCACCAGGUGUAUGUGCUCAAGCGGCCACACGUGGACGAGUUCCUGCAGCGCAUGGGUGAGCUCUUCGAGUGCGUGCUCUUCACCGCCAGCCUGGCCAAGUACGCGGACCCCGUGGCUGACCUGCUGGAUAAAUGGGGGGCUUUCCGGGCACGGCUUUUCCGGGAAUCCUGUGUCUUCCAUCGGGGCAACUACGUGAAGGACCUGAGCCGCCUGGGCCGCGACCUGCGCCGCAUCAUCAUCGUGGACAACUCGCCCGCAUCCUACAUCUUCCACCCCGAUAACGCCGUGCCGGUGGCUUCCUGGUUCGAUAACAUGGCGGACACGGAGCUGCUGGACCUGCUGCCCUUCUUCGAGAGGCUCAGCAAGGUGGAGGACGUGUACGCAGUGCUCAAGAAGCAGCGGACUAACAGCUAGUGGCCCCCACCCCUGCGGGUGCUGCCGAGGGGCACCGCCGCGGCAGCCGGGUGCCUUAUGUUAGGGGGGGAGAUGCCCCCGCAUGUGCCCCCCGCAUCGUCCUCGGGUGCCCUCCCUGCCUGCUGGUGGUGGGAGACGUGGGUGCCCCCACCAGGGAGGUGGGUGUCCCCUCCCAUGGAGGAGGGGGGGCUGCGGGUGACCCGCUGCCUUGCUGUGCUGAGGACCUGCUGGGGGGGGUCCCAGUCCUCCCCCACUGUCCCACCCCCCAACCUGCGUCCCCCUUCCCCAGAACGGUUCUCAGGUCCUUUUCCCUCUGUGUCCCCCC